GCGAUAUGUAUUUCCAUGCAGGACAUAAAAAAAUUCGACACAAGCUUCGUCCCUGAUAAAACCAACCACGUACUUUCACUAGGCAGCCCGUCCUGAGAACGACCACCGCUCAUAAUAUCUGAGACUGAAGCUGUAGCUUCGUUUAGUGAAUUCAAGUAAUGGGAGUAGACAUUGAUACCGUUUUGUAAAAGGUUUAUGAUAGACCAUACUAGCUGAAUUAAUUACCGGAUCUCUAACUGUGCGUUUGAAACUAAUAGGUUCAAAAUACAGAGAAUAAUAAAAAUGUCAAAGAUACAACGCUGCUCAAAGAGCAUUUGAAAUAAACGUGGUAAACCGACGGUAUUGUUGACACUUAUUGGUGCUGUAAUUACUAGAAAUGUAGGGGAGUUGUGUUGAAUUCCCUGAUGGAUCAAUAGGUCACUUUUAACAAAAUUGUCUUUUAAGUGUCUAGAUUACAGGACUUUUACUGGUAUUUGUGCAAAAUAAAAUGUUAAGGAAUAUAAGAUACGUUGCUCACAUUGCUGGGAUUGGGCCUUGGAAACUGCAGAGGUGUCCCACUCACGACUUUCAGAAAUACCGGUUGUGUCUCACAACAUUCAGAAGUAACUCUACUGACCCGUGCAAGCAGACGCCGAAGUGUCCCCCACAGAAACCAGUGGAAUGUCGCGAUACGAAAAAGCCAGUUCCUCCCAAGGAAGUCUGUCCAAAGGAUGAUGGCUCGAAAAAGAAAUACACCCGGCAGUUGAUUGGUGGACUGCUCUUUGCAGCCAUUUCGUUGUUCACUUUGUACCACUUCCUUCAGCAGAAACAGCAGGAUAAAGGAGAUGUAGUACGCAAAGGAAAGAAACGCAAAACAAAGCCAAUUGUGAAGUCCCCUCCUGACUCUAAAGAUAUACCAAAGUGUGUACCAUAUUUAUUGAUUGGAGGCGGCACUGCUGCUUUUUCUGCGUUCCGGUCUAUAAAGUCAUCUGAUCCUACUGCUAAGGUGCUUAUAGUUUCAAAUGAGAGUUGUUAUCCUUACAUGAGACCUCCAUUAUCAAAGGAACUGUGGUUUAAUGAAGAUGAUGAAGCUUCCAAAAAGCUACUUUUCAAGCAGUGGAAUGGUACAGAGAGAAGUCUUUUUUAUGAACCAGAAGACUUUUAUGUUGAUUGCAAAUGUUUAAUGGAACAGGCCAAUGGAGGUGUUGCUGUAGCACGAGGUUGGAAUGUUAAAAAGGUAGAUGUUACUGAGAAAAUAGCAUAUCUUGAAGAUGGCCAUGAAAUUAGGUUUAAGAAGUGCCUUAUAGCUACUGGAGCCAGCCCAAAAAACUUGCCAGUCUUUGAGAAAGCAAAUGAUCUGAUUCAAGAAAAAGUUACAUUAUUUAGGGAUGUUUAUGAUUUUGAAGAACUCCAUGCAAUAGUUCAUAAAGGUGUUAAAAAUAUUGCAGUUAUUGGUGGUGGAUUUCUCGGAACUGAACUAGCGUGUGCUCUAGCUCGCCAUGGCUGCAAGGAAGGUGUGAAGGUGCAGCAGAUAUUUCCAGAAAGUGGUACUUUGGGAAGAAUUUUACCUGAAUAUUUAAGUCAGUGGACCAUGAACAAAGUGAAAGCAGAAGGAGUGAAUGUGAUUCCAAAUGCUGAAGUCAAAGAAGUUGACGCGGACAAGGGGCAAGUUGUGUUAAAACUCAGCAAUGGACAGUCGGUGCAAGCUGAUCAUAUUGUUGUUGCUGUUGGAGUGAAACCAAAUACAGAGCUUGCGGGUCCCUCAGGACUGGAGGUGGAUGAAAAAUUAGGUGGUUUCCUUGUUAAUGCCGAACUGGUGGCAAGAUCUAAUGUCUGGGCUGCAGGUGACUGUACGUGCUUUUAUGACGUGAAAUUUGGACGCCGUCGAGUUGAGCAUCAUGACCACGCUGUUGUCUCAGGACGUCUGGCUGGUGAAAACAUGACUGGUGCAGGAAAGCAUUACUGGCAUCAGUCUAUGUUUUGGUCUGAUCUGGGACCUGAUGUUGGCUUUGAGGCUAUAGGCAUUGUUGAUUCACAAUUGCCAACUGUUGGAGUUUAUGCCAAGCCAUGUGAUGAUAGUACUUCUGAUGCCAAAAUAUCAGCCAUAGAUGCAAAAAAUAAAGGUGAAGAGGACAAGAUGCCAGUACCAGCAACUGUAUCAGCUCCUUCUGCACCAAAGAAAGGUGAAAAUUAUGAGAAAGGUGUCAUCUUCUACCUAAGAGAUGAAACAGUUGUGGGAAUAGUCUUAUGGAAUGUAUUCAACCGAAUGUCCACAGCACGACAGGUUUUAAAGGAUGAGAGCAAGUAUGAUGAUCUAAAUGAAGUUGCUAAACUGUUCAAUAUACAUGAAGACUAGAACUGAUUUAGUAAGACUGAGUAUACAUUGCAAACAACAAACACUGUGUUCGUACUUAUGUGUAUGUGUUUGUGACUGUCCAACGUCAGAUAAAAUGCAAUGAAGUAGUUCAUUGUAUGUGGGAUGUAGAAACAAAUAAUUUGUGUGUGAAUGAUUGAAACAUUAAACCCCUGUGUUGUGUUGCUGAAGAAUGUAAGCCAAUAAGCAGUGUAUUUUGUAUAAAUAUACUCAGAACUGAAAAAUUAAAAGAAACAAUUUGUAAAUCAAGUACAGGCUUGUGUUGCCUCACAUUUCUGUGCUAUUAGCUUGUAGCACAUUUUUACUACUGGUAUAUGUAUUGGGUAGUAUGGGUGCAACCACGCAUUUAUUUGAUAUGGCUUUUAGUGCUUAAAAGUACACACUCUCUCUAAUCGUGUGUUUUUCAGUGUGUCAGUAUUAUAAAUCAGGUAUUUGUUAAAACAGAAGUUCAUAGAAAGUAAACAAAUAAAAUAUUUGUAAAUUGUUA